AUCCCACAUUAAGAAAUAAAAAUGGGGUUACUGGUUUAAACUUGAAGAAGCCAUUGAUGCCUUUGCAUUGAAACACGCGUCAAAGAAAAAAAAAGAUACAUACCUGAGUCUCUCUGCAGAAAUCCCGAGGUUUUGGAACUUUCUUUUUCCUUUUGUUUUGGCUGUUGAGAAAGCUUGUCUCCAACAUGGCGGAGAAGAAUGACAAGUACGGUAAAGAGUUGGAUUUGGCUGUUAGAAUUGUGCAUAUGGCUUGUUCUUUAUGUCAAAAAGUGCAACAAAGCUUGGUUUCUGCUGCUUCUGGACAUGUUUUGGCCAAGGAUGAUGAUUCUCCUGUUACUAUUGCAGACUGGAGCGUCCAAGCAACUGUUAGUUGGCUGCUUUCCGAAUUCUUGGAGGGUCGGAGUGUGUCCAUUGUUGCUGAAGAAGAUGUCCAAACACUCUCCAAGCCUGAAGCGGCUAGUUUACUUUCAGCUGUUGUCAAUACUGUGAAUGAAUGCUUAGCUGAAGCACCAAAGUAUGGUCUUCAGUGUCCAAAGAAAGUUCUUGGGACUUCACAAAUCCUUGAGGCUAUCAGUCGGUGCAACUCAACUGGGGGCCCAACUGGAAGACAUUGGGUGCUUGACCCUGUUGACGGGACAUUGGGAUUUGUACGUGGUGACCAGUAUGCUGUAGCACUAGGCUUGAUUGAGGAUGGGAAGCUAGUUCUUGGAGUUCUUGGGUGUCCUAAUUACCCUAUGAAAAAGGAAUUGUUGAAUUAUAAUCAUCAAUGCAACCAAAUUAAGCCGACGAGUCCACCAUCUUCGGAUAUUUGGCAAAAAGGAUGUGUGAUGUAUGCAAGGAGAGGAACUGGUCAGGCAUGGAUGCAACCUUUGAUCCAUGGGGAUACAAAAUUUGAAUGGCCAAAUUCUGCUACAUUGCUACAGGCUUCUCCUGUUGAUGAUCCAUCGCAGGCAACUUUUUGUGAACCUGUGGAAAAGGCAAAUUCAAACCACUUGUUUACCGAGGGGCUUGCUAGCAGCAUAGGUCUCAAAAACCGACCUAUGCGAGUCCAUAGCAUGGUUAAAUAUGCAGCAAUAGCUCGGGGUGAUGCUGAAGUUUAUAUAAAGUUUGCAAGAUCUGGGUACAAAGAGAAGAUAUGGGAUCACGCUGCUGGUGUUGUCAUUGUAGAAGAGGCUGGUGGGGUUGUAACGGAUGCAGGAGGUCGCCCCUUGGACUUCAGUAGGGGGCUGUACUUAGAAGGUCUUGACCGGGGGAUUGUUGCUUGCUCUGGCCCCAUACUGCAUGAUAAAAUCAUUGGGGCUGUAUAUGCAAGCUGGGAUUCUUCUAAUCUAUGAGACUUUCUACAUCUUGUCAAUGCAAUAAUAGUGGAGUAUUAUAUGGUAAUUUUAUGACGGGCAAGCGAAAUUGUGAAGGACACUGCCACAAACUAAUGACUCGAGAAGCGUCUGCUGAACUAUAUUCUCCGUUUUAAGGUCUGAUCAUUGAUUUCACCUCCAGUCCCCAUCUUACUGUCGUAGUAUUGCUCCAUUUUUAUUAGCAAUAGGCCCUUACAAUAGUUCUCAAAUGGAAGUUUUGAUUCCAUUAAUACAAAAUCAUCACUGUGGGGAUUCUUUAAUACGACAAAAGCUUAAGCUAAUGCUACUACCCUAUGCUUGCUUAGGGAACUGAACUGAUGCAUAAAUUUUGGUCACAAGUAAUUGGAUAUAUAUAUUUUGUA